AUGAAGUUUGAGGACAUCAUAACGGAGAUUAAUGGAUUUGGAAGGUUCCAGAAGAUGAUCAUUGUCUUCAGCUUCAUCGGCCGCUUCACUCUCCCGUGCCACUUCUUGCUCAACAACUUCAUCUCAGCUGUUCCUUCUCACCACUGCAACCUGGAUGAUGGAGGCACUUUAGAGAAUCUGACUCUGGCUCAGAAGCUGAGGGUCAGUAUUCCAGUGGAGGACGACGGCUCUCUGAGCUCGUGUCAGAUGUUUGCAGAACCACAGUUCCACCUUCUGGGCAACUGGUCCAACUCCUCUCAGCUGUCCACCGUGUCCUGCAGGAGAGGAUGGGUGUACGACAACAGCACCUUCAAAUCCACCAUUACCUCUCAGUGGGAUUUGGUGUGCGACAACAAAGGGAAGAACAAGGCGACGGCCACCAUCUUCUUCGUGGGCGUGAUGUUUGGAGCUUUGACAUUUGGCAGUUUGAGCGACAGGUUUGGUCGCAGAAUCAUGCUGCUGGUGUCGUACGUUUCCGGCAUCGUCUUUGCAGUCGCGUCUUCUUUUUCCACGACCUACGUCAUGUUCGCAGUGCUGAGGUUCUUCACAGGGUUCUGCAUUAACGGCAUCGUCAUCGUCACCUAUGUUCUAAGUGUGGAGUGGGUGGACAUCGAACACAGGAAGAUCGUGGGAGUCAUCGACAGCCUGUCUUGGACUUUUGGAAGCAUCAUGUUGGCAGCCAUUGCAUACAUGGUGAAUGACUGGAGAUGGCUGAUUAUCGCCAUCAGCUCUCCUCUCAUUUUGGGGAUUCUCACCUGGAGGUGGAUGCCGGAGUCUGCACGGUGGCUCAUCGCUAACGGAAAGCUGGAAGACGCUCAGACAUACUUGCAAAGAUGCGCCACAAUGAACGGAACAGACAAUAAAACACACAGCCUAGAUAUUAAGACGCUUUCAACUGUCGUGGUGACGGAGAAGACUGGUCAAACGUACACCUACCUUGACCUGAUUCGCACGCCCAAAAUGAGGAUAUUGGUUUUACAGACUGGUAUAGUUUGGUUCUGUGUAGCAACAGCCUUCUACGGAAUCAGCUUCAACGUCAGCGGCUUUGGCCUCAACAUCUACCUCACUCAUUUCACAUAUGCCGUUGUGGAGAUCCCAGGUAAAGUGGUGGUGUUUUUCCUAUUGGAUCGAAUCGGCAGGAGAAGCACGAUGGUGGGAUCUUUGCUGCUGGUGGGAAUCUGUUUUGGAAUAAACAUACUGGUCCAAGAGGACCAGUCGGUGGUCAGGACUGCAGUAGCAUCCAUUGGAAAGGCUUUUUGUUCGUCCUCCUACGCAACGAUUCCACUCUACAUCUCAGAGCUGUAUCCUACUGUGGUCAGGCAAAACGGGAUGGGCUACAACUCCUUCAUGUGUCGACUGGGUCUUGCGCUCGCUCCCCUUAUUCUUCUGCUGGAUGAGCUGUGGAGGGACCUUUCCCAGCUCAUCCUCUUCUCCGUGGCCAUCUUGGGGGCAGCUGUGUCCUGGACGCUGAGAGAGACGCGCGACCAAUGUCUGCCUGAAACCAUUGAGGACGUUGAACAGCAGCAGUGA